CCUUCUCAAAAUGCUUUCUCUCUCUCUCUCUUUCCCAAUUUUAAGGAAUCAUCUCUUUGUUUGUUUCCUUCCUACUUUCUUUCUUUCUUGUUUCUCCAAAUGGCCUUAAGAACCCGACCGAUUUUCUGUGAGCUUAUUAAACCACAGACUCAGAAGACUGAACCGGCGGUUUUUACCCCGGUUCAGAAGCCGAGAGUCAUGUCAUCAUCAGAACCUAGAGGGCAGGAGAACAAUAAUAAUGGGAAAAUAAUGUUACAGCCUAGGUUGACUACUUUAAGGUCAUUUGGUUCGGAUCCUGUUGGAGUAAUCAAGACUAAAAACGGGUUUAAUGGGGAAGAUGACGAGGUUUCUCCAUUCUUCGCAACGUUGUCGGAGUAUAUUGAGAGUUCUAAGAAGAGUCAGGAUUUUGAGAUUAUCUCUGGUCGACUUGCCAUGAUUGUAUUUGCAGCAACAGUGUCCAUGGAAGUUGUGACUGGAAAUUCAGUAUUCCGAAAGACUGAUUUUCAAGGAAUAGCUGAAGCUGCUGGUGUUUCUAUUGCUGCUGUAGCUUGUGCUGCCUUUUUUGCUUGGACUUCAAGUUCUCGUAGCAGAGUUGGCAGAAUCUUCACCAUUGGUUGCAACACCUUCAUCGAUUCCUUAAUCGAUCAAAUCGUCGAUGGCUUUUUCUAUGAAAACGAGCUUAGCGAUUGGACUGACGAUAUCUAGACCUCAAAUAUCGAAAAUAUUGAAAAAAGUGUUAUAAGUAGCUUAGUUUAUCAAAGGGUUUGAAGUACAAUAUGUUUGAUUAGGACCUUAGUUAAUUAGUGUCUUGCUAUGUUGCCCGAACUCUCCAAAAAUGUUGUCGUAUCUGUGCUGGAUUCUAAAAAAAUGCACUACUUCUAGAGGAUCUGAUGCGCACCGACGACAUUUUUGAAGAGUCUGAGCGACAUAAGUAUCUUGUAAAUAGAUAUCAUAUCAUAGUUAAAUAUAUUAUAAAGAAGUUAGUACAAUAAUAAACCAUCAAAAGAGAGGGAGGCCACACGUGAAAAUGGUAAUAUGAAGUUGUCAUCUUUCAUUGUGAUCAAGUAUUCUCACUUUAUGUAUACCUUUAUUUGAGACUUAGAGAAUGUGUUGUUCUCUUGUGACAUGGUGUUGUAUAUUCAAUUUCGAAAAGGAAUUAUACCUUCCUUCC